GUUGCGGAGCCGUUCGUCUUGUCUUCUGUCGUCCUACCAUUAAUCAAGUAGCUUAGGGCUGCACAAGCCCGUCUGGACACAGCUCGACCUCAUGCAGCUUGAAGCGUCACCGCCAGACUUGCGCGAAAGCUGUGCCUUGAGCUUAAGCCUCUAUAUACUGCAUAAUUCAUUGGAUGGCCGAAACCUGCAUCUUCAUCGCUGCUGGCUCAGGAUGUGCUGGGCUUCAGCCAGACAGGUGGCAAGCAGCUCGAGGCCGCCCGCAAGCUGGACCCGGGCCCCAUGUGUCGCUUCAUGCUCUUCGUGCGGCAACAGCAGGCCACCCAGAAGGCCGCGAGCAGCACCGUGGGCAAGGGCGGCAGCAUGGAUCUGCUGGGCUAUGUGGAGUACCAGCGCAAGCAGCGCAUGGUGCUGCGCCACCACAAGGACGCCCUGCAGGCCAUGGCCAGCUUCUGGCGCAUCCUGGGCUACUCGAGCAGCGUGUCCUUCCGCUCGCUCAGCCGCUCACUGGAGGAGAUUGACACCAGUGUGAAGCAGGCUGAGAUGGCGUACCGCGCCGUGCUGGAGAUGUACGGCAACAGCCCGCGCCUGGUGCGGCUGUACGCCCGGUUCCUGGAGACCGUCAAGCAGGACCCCUGGGGCGCGGCCGAGUACUCGGCACACGCCGACCGCAUCGAGCAGAACCGGGACGCGGACGGCGACGGCCCCACGCUGCCCGACGGCACGCCCAUCGGCCGCAUGGACGAGGUGGACAAGGGCGUGCUGGUAGUGAACGCGUUCGGCGACAUCCAGAUGGUCAACAAGAAGCUGAUGUCCAUGUAUGGGUACCGCAAGGGCGACCUGGACGGCAAGAACGUGACGGUGCUGAUGGCGGGCCACGACGCCAAGCGCCACCCGGGCCUGCUGCGCCGUUACAUUGACAGCGGAGAGCAGGCACCGCCCGUCUUCAGGCGGCCGGUGCUGGGCAUGCACCGCGAGCGGGUGGCCAUCCCCGUGCAGUUGGACGUCAGCCGUGCUUCGGGCAUGGGCGAGGACAGCGUGUUCAUAGCGCUACUGGAGGCGGCGCCGCAGGAGCCUGGCGUGGGCCGGCUGUGGGCCACACCCGAGGGCCUCAUCGUGUGCUGCGACGCCGGCUUCGUCACCUGCUUCGGGUUGUUCCCCACCGACGUGGUGGGAACUCAGCUGCGCUCGCUGCUACGUGCCAACGCCUCCAGCGCCGCCGCAGCCGCCGCCUCGCGCGCAGCCGGCCAGGGCGGCGAGGAGGACGGCUGGAGCGCCAGCAAGGCCCUGAGUGACGCGCAGAAGCUGGUGCAGCGCCUCAUCUUGGAGGCUGAGACCGAGUCUGACUCCCCCACGUCAGCAGCCGACGGCAGCCACCACGGCCCGCAGCAAAGUGGCAGCGACAAGAAUCGCUGUUAUGUGCGGCACAAGUACGACGAGGCCCGGGAGGUGUGCGUCACCGUCACCAUGGACCCUUCCCGCACCAUCCUGGAGUUUGUGCUUCGGCUGGUGUCCACCGAGCCCCAGCUGCUGAUGGUGGUGGAGAAGCGCGGAGGCAUCAAGCACAUGAGCGGAGACUUGGCCAAGCUGCUUGGAGCUUCUGCUGGUGCCGACGAGGCUGCUAUCGGCGGUGGCGGCACGGGCGGCGGUGUGUUGGAGGGCCUUGGAGCCGCCGCUGAGAGCGCCGCGCUCCGCAACUUGGACGACUUCCUGCCCGCGCCCUGGCGCUACCUGCACUCCCGCCACCUGGCCAAGGCCAUCGGCAGCGGCGUGCCCGCUUCCGUUGUUGUUCAGAUGAAUGCAGGCGCCGGAUCUGGAGGCCCUGCUGCCACGACUGCCACUGGUGCGCCCGCCCUUCUGUCCGGCAUGUGGGGCUGCCACGGCGGCCGCACGGCUGGCGUAGACGACAGUGGCCCUGCCGCUGGCGGGCGCCUGUUCCGCCCCACGAUGCGGCUGGUCGGGCUUCACGGCCGCCCCGUGUUCGUGCGUGUGGCGGUGCACUCGAGGGAGGAGGGCGGUGAGCCGCUGCACGUGGUGCGCAUGGCCAGGUCCUCUCUUGACACCGCCAUUGCUGAGCGCCGUGUGCGCGUGCGGGUCUCGGAGGCCGGCACAGUCAUCGACGAGGCCGAGGCAGCCGCUGCUGCAGUUAAACUAGAGAUGGGGCCUGACGUUGCGGAGGUCGCAGAGGAGGGCGCGGUCACCGCUGCCGAGAGGCCCACCACCGCGGCUGCAGCUGCGAAGGCGAUGGGUGAGGAGCUGGAGGCCUUGUUUGGCUUCACCAAAGAGGAGCUGGUGGGUUGUCACCUCUGGGACUUCGUCACGCUUCAGCCCUGCCCCGAGUCCGAGCUGCUGCUGGCGACUGCUGGUGCAACAGCACCUGUCGCCAACCGCCGCGCCUCUACCGCGACCGCAGCUGCCGGUGCCGUUGGCAGUAUAAAAGCCUCUGUCCGCCACCGCCUAGGCAACAGCACGGGCGUUGUAGGCGCCACCAGCGGCAAGGUGGCAGCCGACUCGGGCGCCACUGAUACUGGAGGUGCCGAUGGCGCCGCCGGCGGAGACCUGCUGGAGGAGGCUGCGUCGGUUGUGUACGGCGAGGUGGGCGGCGUCACCGCAGAGGAGGACGCCGCCGCCGCUACUGCUGAAGUCGCUGACCUGGCAGCAGGGGCCACGGACGCCGCCGCGAACGGUGACGCCAACCCAUUCGCCAGCGGCCCUGGCUACUACGGCACUGAGCCCCCAGUGGAGUUCAACCUCCGCACCUUUGAUGCCAUGAUCACCAUGGCGCUGCAGUUCCCCGGCGUGUCCUGGCGCGUGGCGGUGGUGCCGCCGGCCGCGGUGGCUGAGGCGGAGGCCAUGGGCAACGCCUCACGUGCCGCCGCGCACCUGGCGCGUAACACGCGUCAGGCUGUGUUGAGGUUGGAUGUGGCAGUGCCCCGUGUGCGAGUGCGCCCGCGUGACGGCUCCGGCUCCCCCAGUGGCGGCAUGUCCUCCCCUCGGGCCCGGCAGCAGCCGAAUCCCGCCCUGGCCCCAGGCCGCCUGGUGGUGCAUGUGGAGCUGUGGGUGGCGGAGAGCCUCACCGGUGUGCUUGAGCUGGACCCUCGCGGCCGGGUGGCAGGCCUGGCGGAGGAGGGUGGCGUGCGGCCUGCGGGGCUGAUCUUCGGCCAGCCCUCUGCUUCCUUCCUGGGCUCAGAGCUGUCCCAGAUUGUUUCCAUGCCGGCCGGCUACACGCCCAUGACACUGCUGACUGGCGACGUGGGCGGCAAUGCCGCAAAGAAGAGCGCACUCAAGGCAACCAAGCAACAGCAGGCGGCGGCGGACAAGGAGGCUGCUGUCAAGGUGGGCCCGGUGCACUACCUGCCCGGCUGGCACCGUGACAACCGGCCCCUGCUACUGGCCGUGCAAAUGGUUGGCAAGCCGCUGCCGCCCGGCGGCGCACCUGCCGCGAGUGGCGCCGCCGGAGCUGCCGCCGCAGCCGGCGCCCUGACCGCCAUCAUCCGCCUUGCGCCCGCCGGCGCCCAGCCCUCAGUACUGCCACCCAUGCUAGGCGCGGCGGCGGCGACUGCGGGCGUCAACGCCGGCGAGCCUAGCGCCCGCUCACUUGGGCCGGCCGCGAUGGUAGAUGGCCGGGUUGCGCGGCGCCCCUCCCCCAACGCUUCACCCGCGCUCGUGACGUACAGUCCCAUGAAGGGCCCUGGCGGUGGCGCCGCCUGUGGCGUGCAGCAGUCGAAACUGGUGAAGGACUUGUCGCGCAUGGGCCGAGAGGCCACCGCCGCCGAUGCCACCGCAAGCGCAGCGGAAGUCCACGCGGCCGCCGUCAUCAGCAGCCUCAGCGCCCCGGUGUCGCCUCUCGACCCGGCAGCAUUGGGCGUGGCGGCGAUCAUGCCGCCCCCGCCCACGCUGGCACUGAUGUCGGCAGGGCAGCUGCCGUCACCCGGCAUCACCAUGCGCGGCUCGGGACCCGGCGCGGUCGGGGGUGGACGGCCGCUCGCGGCUCGGAGCAGCAAGGCGCGCGUGGGUGCACCCGGCGAGGCGCUUGUACCAGGCAGUGGCGGCCAGGACGCGGGCCCGCUCAUGUUGGACUCGGCUGCCGAGUACGAUCGGCACGUGCGCGCGAAUGGCGCAAGCGGUGAUGGCGCCGAUGCGUUUGAUGCCCCGCCGCGCUCGCCCGCGUCGCUGCCGGGCGCUGUCGAUGGAGGGCAGGACGGCCGUGGCGUUCACGCUAACACUGGCGGUGCUCUGGCCGCAGCCGCAGCCGCAGUCGCUGCAGUCAAGGAUGCCAAGGCCAGCAGCGGUGCCGCGCUCAAGAAGCAGCCUUCGAACAAGAUCUCCAAGUGGGUUGCGACCAAUGGCGAGUAUUACCAGAACACCGUAAGGUCCGCUCCGGGCAUUGGUGGCGUUGCGGAGGAGGAUGACGAGGAGGAGGGUAGCGGUGACGACGAUGGUAGCAGCAGCGCUGGCGCUGGCGGCGGCUCGGCUGGCGGCGGGAGCGAUGGCGCGGGCAGUGGCAAGCAUCACAGGCGUGGCAGCGGCGACGGCGGCGUGGUGCAUCGCGGCGGCCUCCACCACCGUCACCAACACCAUGUCGCCGGCGGCGACACCACCGAGCCAACAUCUGGGAUGAUGGUGGCGGGAGAAGCCGAGGAUGGCAGCGGCAUGAAAGAUGGCAAGGGCGCCGGCGCGCGCCAGGGUAUGAGCAUGGCGGUGGACAACAGCGACAACAGGAGCGACGGCGGCGAAAGUGCCACAUCCGGCGUGUCGGGCACGUCGGGUCUGUCUGACGGCGACGGCACCGGAGACUUCAAGCGGGGCAAGAGGUACAAGAAGCUCAUCAAGCUCAUCGACUCGCCCGAGAGCAAGAAGGAACUGCGCAAGUUCAAGCUGCUGGUGGCGGCGGUUCUCCUCACAUGCAUGGCGGUGCACGUGCUGUGCUUCGCCCUCAUCAUGGACGCAAUCCACUGGCAGAACGACGCGCUGUUGACGCUGACGGACAUGGGCGACGGUCAGCGCUACUUGCAGCAGUGCGCUAUGUACAUGCGGGCUAUGGGCCAGUCUUACCGGGGCAGGGGUUCCAACAACACCUACAGCCGGGCAGACGUACCGUUCUUUGCGGGCCAGAUGUACCGGUACCUCAACCAGUACAAUGAUAUGAACAAUCGAAUCCUGCUAAACAGCCGGCACCAGUCGAUCACGCUGCUGUUUUACACCGAGCAACUGACGGUGUGGGUGGGCAACAACACCUUCACUGGCGAGGAGAUGUUUGCAAACGUCACCACGUGGGAUCUGCUGACACGUUUGAUGGUGGCGGGCCUCACCGUGUACCAAAAUCACAAGGACUGGUACGCUCGUGGCAUAUUCCCUUCCGACACGUUUGAGGGACAGUUCAUGUUCCGAGGCGCACAGGUGCUCGCCAAGGGCUCCCAGGCGGUGUGGAUAGCGCUGCAGGAUCAUGCCAAGGGCCACACCCAGCGUGUCAACAACCUCCAGCUCAUCUUCCUGGUCAUUGAGGGCUUUCUGGUGUCCAGCUGCACGGCGGCGUGCCUCAUCUACUUGCUGCGCAUGGCGAGCGAACAGCGCUACAAGCUGUACGACACGUUCCUUGCCAUCCCCAUCGGCCUGACGCGCGCGCUGGCCUCCCAGACCACCCACCUGCUGGACGAUGACGAGUCGGAUGAUGAAGACGACGAGGACGCAGCUGCUGCGGCAGCAGCCAGCAAGGCGGCCGAGCUCGCCGCUGGUGACGAUCAGGGCAGCGUUGACGGCGACGCCGCAGGCGGGGAGGGCGCCACCUCCGCUGCCCCCAAGCGCCGCGCUAACUUUGACCAGUCUGGCCAUGGCGGCCACAACGCUGCCGCCGCGCGCCGCGGUAGCGGCGGCGACUCAGCCGCGGACCACGCCGGACACAAGCACAGUGGCGGCAAGGGAUCCGGCGGCAGCGUCAAAGGCACCAAGCACGGUGGCGGCGGCGGGGCGGGCGGAGGACAGAGUGCUGGCGGCGACGAAGGCAACGGCGCGUCGGUGCCCCUGCUGCGCCUGCAGUCGAGCAUGCGCUUAUCUGCUCCCGGCAACGGUGGCGCAAGCGGUUGGUUCAGCGCCCUCAAGGCGAAGAUACUCGGCCGCUCCAACGCGGUCCGUGACAGCUCGGCCCCGGCGCGGCGCUCGCUGGAGCGCAAUAGCCGCGUGUCCAUCGCCAUGCUGGCCAUCGCCAUGACCUACUCCAUCCUCAUCAUCACCUUUUACUCGGUCGGCUACAUCCUCACGCUCACCACCGCGCAGAAUGUGGCCAUGGUGGCUGUGGCGCAGCGCAACAUGGAGAGGACUUGUAAGGCCGUGUUCUUUUCACAGGAGCUUCUAUCUCAGCAGGACCCGCUGCUUGUCAACCGCUACAUUAACAACAUCCGGAACGUCAGUGUGGGGCUGCGUGACGCCUACUACACCAUGCGCAUGGGCGUGGAUGCCGAUCGCGUGGCUGGCCCCGACAUUGAGAGGUUCCCGGGAGUGGUGAGCCACGGCCUGGCCAAGGAAAGCGCCGAGCAGUUCCAGCUCUUCUUCGGCACCGGCGACUGCCAGCGACUGGAUGAGCCGUGUGCCGGACCCACGUAUCGCUACUACGAGGUGACACACGGCGGCGUGGAGGCGCUCGUGUUCCAGAUGAUUCUGUCCCUGGGCAAGCUGGCGGACAAGGCGCUGGGGGCGCAGCAGCGGGCCAUUGCGGCGGUUGCAGCUGCGGUCGGGAUGUCGGUGGAGAGCAUCACUGCUGAGGUGGAGGCUGGCCGCAUUACACAAGUGUAUGCCGCGAUCGCCGCCGCCAACGCUACCUCGGUUGCCGCCGGCGGUCCCCCGGUGCGGCGUUUGACGUCCGCCGAGGUGGGCAUGCCCGGACACGACAACCAGGAGUGGGACUACAUCUACAACGUAGGGUUCAAGGACGCCACUGAUGGAGUGCGCCGCAUCACGACCCUAGCCAUCGCCGAUAUCAAUGCGAAGUUCCAAGAGGUGGUCAUUAUGCACGUGGUGCUUUUUGUGCUGCUGGUGGCGGUGUUCGCCGUGUUCCUGUUCGGUCUGUUGUUCCCCAUGCUCAAGCGCAUGCAGAAGGAGAAACGGCGCAUCACGGAGAUGCUCAGCCAGCUGCCCACUGAGGUGGACGUCAUGAAGCUCAUCACGCUCGCAAUCGUGGGUCCUGUCAACCCUGGCAGUGGUAAAGGUGGCGCCGCCAGUGGGGAGGGCGCGCGCAGCGCGCGGCGCAGCUCGACCGUCGUCUAUGCCACUGCCGCAAACAGCGCGCCGAUGCGGCAAAGCACCAUGGAGCUGCCUGCCGGUGGCGGCGGCGGUGGCGCUGCGGCUGACGGUGGCGACACGGGCGUCGCGGACAGCAAGGCGUGGAAGGGGCUGCUGGCACGUGCCACCAGUGUCAAGGGCGGCGGCUCGUUUGCCAACUCCAAGCGUGCGUGAGCUGCGUGAGGAGCAGGCGCAGGAGGCGGCUCCAACGGCGGGGGGGUGUUGGAAACACCUGUAAUUCCUUUCAUAUGUUGUGUUUUGGGGUUGAUUUAGCCCUGAAGCAUAGAGCGUAUGGGUGACGGCGGUAAGGGCUGUGCAGACACAGCAUUUCGACGAUUCUGAUUAUUUUUAGCAGACUUCCGUGGCAUCUGACACGGAGCGUUUAAUCUUUUGAGACGGGCGUGCUUCGUUGCAAGGCUACGUACGUAUGCCGGAUGCGUGUGAAAACCAUAUCAGCAGUAGCUGGCUUGGCCAUGUUGGUGUGGCAAAGUGACUGGGUGCGCGGUGUCGCACUUGUGGAGUCCCUAGUACGGGCAUACAUCACGCACGUGAAGGCAACUCGCAUCUGAUGUUAUAAAAAAAUGGCGAUACCGCACAUGGCGAUACACGGUGCGUAUAGGGCCUGCCACCUCAGGAAUUGAGUCCUUAGCUUGCGAUCAUGUGCUGGCAUAUGUGAGCCAGGGGCGUUCGUUCUCUUCUCCACCUGUGCCGUGACUGGGUGCGCGCGUGCGUGGCUACCGCUAGUAUCGGCAUCACGCAUACGAAGGCAACCAGCAGUAUCUGGCACUCGUGCUCCCAAGGGACUAAAGGGAACGUCCAUUUAUGUUGGCACGAAUGAAGCAGCGGUUGUUGAGGGACUUGGCGGCGGGCCUUACUAUGGUUUGCGGGCCUUAUUACUGCAUCAUGCCCUUGGCGGAAUCCUGCUUCCAAGCAUUUCCUUACUAACCUGGUACGAUCUUGUGAUGGCUGCACAAUUCGCCAGGUCGUACGGCCUGCUGCGGUGGGAUUACUACACCGUGGUACACGGCAACUAAGGCAUCUGUCCCGCUGAACAAGAGGUUGAUCUUGGGGUUACAUGGGCUACGUACCGUUAAGUGACGGAGCCAAAUACGGUAACUGCGUUUAUGUGACUACUUGUGACUGUGACGGGCUAGUGCUAGUAAGUCCAUCGGCCGCUCACGGGAUUGUCGACAGACACCGCGGCCUUUUCAUCUUCUCCGCUUUGCGCGGGAACGGUGCAUGACACGGAAGGCAAAGGUAAUUUGGCUGGUUCAUUAGAGCAUGACAGCGUGUAGCUGGCAGGCAACAGUAAUAUGGUCACAGACACCGCGGCGUUUUCACCUCCUCACAUGGGCCGUCACUAGCUUUAUGGUAUGCUGUCUAAUGUUGUUUUUAACGGUUACGUUACAGUAACGCGCGGUCGAACGUGCGAAGUGAGAUUGUGACGAGUUGGCGUGGUUGUUUUACAGACACCGCGGCACUGCUUAAGACAGGGCCGGCAUGCGGCCAUGGGUCCAGGCCUGGUUUUUUUUACGGUAUGCUACGGUAUGCUACGGUAUGCUGUUCGAUUCGGAUAUGGGUACUCGAAUUGCAUUGAAGUGCGACGAAUCCUGAGCGCGCCGAGGAAAGGGUGUUCCAAAGGGCGCUCAGACACAGGAUGCUUCAUAUGAGUUAAUGGGGUCAGUGUCUACGCAUGGUGUCUACAGUGGUGCACAUGUUGUCCGGGGAGCACCAGCAGCAGCAGGGGGUUGGGUGAUGAUGUGGAGCGCGGUGUAUGGAGGUGGCAUCUUGUAUGUUUAUGUGGGCGCUUCAUUACGCUAAGCCAAUCGAGUUUUCACAGGUUCGAUUUUGUGGCUGUGAGAGCCGCGUCACCUUGGUUAGUGCACGUGCUUGAGUGCUGUGCCGCAGUAGGGUGCACAUGCCGCCUAACCCUUCCUGUUUAUGGGACAUUAGAACUAUGCUGUGGUGGUGUGCGGCACGGAGUGAUGGGGAGUGUGCUUGCUGCUUGUAAAGCCACCCGCCGCAUCCCUGGGGGCUGCGGCAUUCCUCAGGGCAUUCUGAUAGGAAGCUGGGGUAAGUCGCACACUCCUUACACCGCCUUCUUCUGCUAGGAUAGGAUGAGGAGGCUAGUAGCACUUGCAGCGGACCACCCGAACUUGUGCGACCCUAUGGCCUACGACACAUACUCCAUCCGACACAAACAUAUAUUGGCAAUGUGACACAGAACA